AAAAAGAUUUUAUUAUCACUGGAACAGUGGAAAUAUUCCAUUCCCGAUACUUUUAGUGCAGUCCUCGUAAUUAACUAAACUAUUCUUAUUUGUUGUAGAUGUUAUGGCUCAACAGAUCUCAAGGUCUCAUAAUGUUCAUCAAAUGCUCCUCUUAGUCAUACCAAGACUAGCUGCUUUCAACCGUGAAUUAUUUGCAACAAAACACCUUAAGUCGACUAUCAAUCACCUGAUUACAUUUUUAUGUGGUAGGGAUAAAGAAAGGGCAAUGGCUUUCACUACAUUAGGGUUAAUUUGUGUUGCCAUAAAAAGCAAUAUUGAUAAGUAUUCAAACAGAAUAAUUGAGGUAAUCAAAUCAACACUGACGAUCAAAGAUGCUUCUAAAAAGAGGUAUGGAAUUGAUACUUCCCUAUUGAAGUGUGUAACCUUGUUAGGAUUUGCAAUGAAGGAAAAUAUAGCGAGUGAGUUAAAGAAAUUGUUAGAUCCUAUGUGUGCGACUGGCUUAAGUCCACAACUAACCACAUGUUUUAAGGAGCUAAGUCAAAAUGUCCCAUCAUUACAGGAAGAAAUAACUAACAGACAGUUGAAUAUACUAUCGUUGAUAUUACGUAAGAAGCCAUAUCUCUUGAACACAAGUAGUGAUGUUCAGAAAAAUUAUAAUUUUUCGACUGCUGUGUAUAUGGAACCACAUGAUGCAUCUAAACUAGUUUUGGCCCUACGUACACUUGGUGCUUUUGAUUUUGAAUGGAAUAACACAAUGAUGUCCUUUAUAAGGAGAUGUACGGAACAUUAUUUGCAAAGCGAGCAGCAUGACGUCAGGCUGGAGUCGAUAAAGACGAUAGCCAGGCUGUUGAUAAAAGCUGUUGACAGAUGUUCACAAACAAAUUCACAAACAUUGAAUGAACUUGUCGAUGAAUCUCUGGAGAAACUUAUUUCAGUGGGCCGAUCUGAUUUGAAUGAUGAAACACGUCUCAAAGUUUUUGAAGUUUUCACAAAUCCUGUUUUUGACAAGUUUUUAGCCACUGAAGAGCAUCUUAAGUGUCUAUUUAUCGCAAUUAAUGAUUCGAACCCUGAUGUUGGCGAAUUAGCCCUAUGUGUAGUAAGCCGACUCAGCAACUUGAAUCCAAGCUAUACUACGCCUUUUUUGCGGCAACUAUUUGUACAAAUACUUCUAGAAUUGCAACAUUCAGAAUCUUCGCGUCAGGAAGAACAGUCAAUAAGAAUGCUGGAUAAUAUUAUAAUAAAUGCGCCGAGGAUUACAAGACAAUAUGUAGAUACAAUCCUGAAGGUUUUAUUACCAAAGUUAAUGGAGGAUGAAAGUAGUUCAGUAAUGAUAUCAACAAUCCUUAAAGCCAUUGGUGAUUUAGCAGAAGUGAAUGGAAGUUGUGCUGCUUUGUCUAAAUGGAUACCACAGUUGAUGGCAAAACAAGUAGAAAUACUCUCUGAUGCAAACCAGCAAGAAAAGAGAAGUGUUGCGCUGUGGUCAUUUGGACAGGCGAUAAGCGCUGAAGGAUGUGCUGUAACGCCGUACAUGACGCAUCCAAAUUUGAUGGAUACGCUUCUUAACUUUCUAAAAACCGAACAACAAAGUAGUGACAGGAGGGAGACGAUCCGUGUUUUAGGUUUGUUGGGUGCCUUGGACCCAUAUCAACAUCGGGUCAAUCAAGGACAUAUAGAUCUUCAGACCAUUUCAACACUUAUACCGACUCCAGAAAUUAUUGAUACAAUUGAGAACUUCGAUUCGAGCGUUGGUGAAAUGUUUGUAAGCAUGUCGCCGAUUGUUCUAGAUGAAUUUUGCGCCGCGAUUUCAGUGACGUCACUGUUGCAAAUAUUACGUGAUCCUCUUUUAGCGCAGCAUCAUAUUAGUGUUGUUUAUUCUGUAACACUUAUAUUUGAAACUUUGGGAAUCAAAUGCGUGCCAUACAUAUCGCGAGUAACGCCUAGUCUUCUUCACGUAAUACGCAACACGGACAGUGAAAACUUCCGAGAAUUUCUCAUCACUCAAUUGGCUCAAUUGAUUUCGGUCGUGAAAAUACAUAUUCGGCCGUAUUUAGAAGACAUUUUUCAUCUUAUACGCGAGUAUUGGACUCCAGACAGUCAAAUGCAGGCGACUAUGAUUCUUUUAUUGGAACAUAUCACAGUUGCGAUUGGUACCGAAUUCAAAGUGCACAUUAGAAAUAUUUUACCGAAUAUUUUAAAAUUAUUAAAGAAUGACAAAAGCAAGGACCGAAUUUUAACAGAGAAAAUGCUACUAGCUAUACAAAAGUUCGAGAACAAUUUAGAUGAUGUUCUCUUAACGAUGAUUCCAGCGAUCACGGCGUUGUUUGACGGCAGAAAUAUCCCAAAAUCGAUAUCGAAACUGGCAAUGGAGACAAUUGAACAUUUAUCCAUGCAUUUGUAUCUAAAACCUUAUUCUGCAGUACUGAUACAAAGUAUUGCACAUGUCUUGGAGAACAGUCCAGCCUUACGGCCUACAGCGAUGAAAACGCUUUGCGCCUUAAUAGUUCAGUUGGGACGGGACUAUAUCUAUUAUAUUAGUUCUAUCGAUAGAAUAAUAAGGAAGAAUAAAAUACAUUGUCUAAAUUAUGUCGUUUUGGUAUCGAGACUUGAAGUUACCUCAACACUUGCAUCUGAUGACGAUUAUUUAGCGGAAACCAGGUCCAGAUUGAGAAAUCGGAAGACUGAUGUAAUUAUAAUAAUUGUUUUUAAAUAUUCACUCUACAAAUUUACAACUGUUUAUCAACUAACCGUGAAUGAUUUUAGGUGGUAAGGAAUGAUCAAAAUACUAAA